GAUUAACUCUUUUACGUCUCUCUCUAUGCAAAUACUCUUAGAGAGCAUCUCUCUCUAAAAUAUCGAGUAUUGCUGACUUGAGCGUCGGAGUGUUUUUCCCGAAGAAACAUCCUCGGGAAUUUCAGGUGUGGAAGCAGUUGAAGACUUCAACAGUGUUGGAUCGUGAAGUUGCCAAAACAUUUGGCGCCGUCUGUGGGAAUUGAACAAGAAGUUGUGUAACUUAACCUGCUGAAAGGCAAAAUUGUUCGUACUUUUAUUGGAAGUCGCCCUCCAAGAAAUGAAAUGGACGAAUAGGAGGACACUCAACUGUCUGAGCCCGGCUUGAAUGAUUUUAGGCCAAUGCCAAGAAACCUUUUUGUUGGAGGAGCAGAACAAGAUCAACUAAGUGAAACAGAUGAUGAUGAAAGAACACCAACUGGGGAUGCACAGCCAGCUGCAGUGGUUGCAACCUGUACCUCCCCGGCCUUGAGUAAUGUGGUGGUCCCGACCAGACCAAAGGGGAGUGGGAGGGACUACGUGCAGCGGUUCAACAAGGCAACUUUAGACAUUGAUAACAUCCUCGAUACUAUCUGCUUGUCUGCCUUGCUGCAUGGCUUGAAGCGUGGUCGGUUUGUAGACGACUUGCUGGAGAAUCCACCCAAGUCGUGGAAUGAAGUAAAUGACAGGUCGGCAAGCUUCAUACUAUCCGAAGAUUUUCAAUCUUCUAAGAGACGAGCUGAUGAUAGACAGGGUAAAGAGCCCAAGCAGCCUGAGGGCAGAGAUGAUAAGAAAAAGCAGAAGGUUGGCGAGCAAAGAGGAAAACUGCCAUCCUAUCCAAAAAGCCUUACAUCCGGCAGCCCACCUAGACCCAUUUCAUGCAAGAGUACGGCCAAUCUCAAGUACAGGGAUAUCAGCUUGGCCAUGAUCCAAUUCCUUAUCAAGCGAGUCAAUACUCGUCCGAGCCAAACAGAACAUACAGGGGACGCCUAUUCAAUAGGCGAGGCCAGAGAUAGAAAGCGGGGCCAAAGCGCUCAGGGCCGUAAGGCAUAUGCCCGACAGGUGAUGACAGUUAAUAAGAACAGGUCUUUGAAGAGGCCAUUCGAGGAGGCGGAGUGGGAGAAUGCGCCCAUCACAUCCAGCCCGGCAGAUUAUAAGCGAGUAGACGGAGAGCCCGACGCUAUGAUGCCUCAUGCAGAUCCUUUUGUGACGACGGUCCAUAUAGGUAAUCAUAACGUCAACAAGAUCUUCAUUGAUACUGGGCCUAUCUACGGGUUCAAUAAUCAACCCAUCCCGAUUGAGGGAGUCAUUACUCUACCCAUCUAUGUGGGUUCGGAACCACGCUUCAGGAUGACUUCCGUCACCUUUCUGGUCGUCAAGAUGGAAUCAGCUUUCAAUGAUAUACUGGGAAGAGCCACACUUUGCGAGCUGAAGGCUGUCAUCUCACAACCCCAUCUCUGUAUGAAAUUCCCAACUCCUCAGGGGGUAGGAGUGCUUAAGGGGAAGCAGAAGAUGGCCAGAGCCUGCUACCAAGCUACUUUCAAGAAGGUUGAGCUCGCUGUGGCCCCGGCAGGUUCUGAAAAUCACAAGCCAACCCAGCUCGUUAAGAUCGGCACCAAGCUCACAGAAGAAGAGCGAGCAGAGCUUCUAGAAUUUUUUAGGGUUAAUAAAGAUGUGUUUGCGUGGACUACGGAUGAAAUGCCUGGCAUCCCAGUAGAGUUGCUAUCCAUAAGCUCAGCACGAACCCCACCAAAAGGCUGGUGGAGAGUGGAAUACUCUGAGUGGGUGUCCAACCCUGUGCUCGUCAAAAAACCAAACGGCAAGUGGAGGAUGUGUAUUGACUUCACCAACUUAAAUGAGGCGUGUCCCAAAGACCCUCAUCCCUUGCCAACUGUGGAGAAACUAGUAGAACGGGUAGCUGGACAUGAGCGGAUGAGUUUCCUUGAUGCUAGCUCAAGUUAUCACCAGGUUCAGUUGCUGCUGAACAACCAGGAGAAAACAACUUUUUAUGCUGGUGACACAAUUUACUAUUAUGUCAUGAUACAGUUUGGCCUGAAAAAUGCCAGCGCUACAUAUCAGAAGCUGGUGCAAAUCAUCUUUAAGCUCCAGAUCGGCAGGAACAUAGAAAACUUGCGCCGAGCCCAAAUGAAGCUGAAUUCCCUGAAAUGCACGUUCGCUGUGGAAUCAGGAAAAUUCCUAAGGUUCAUAGCCAGGUCGGCAGAAAGAUGCCUCCCGUUCUUUAAAGCCCUGAGAGAGCCCAAGAACGUUCAGUGGAUAGAUGAAUGUCAGCAGGCGUUUGACGAGCUCAAACAAUAUCUGGCAUCAGCACCCUUUUUGUCUAAGCCUGUGGAAGGGGAGAGUUUAUACUUGUAUCUGGGGGUCACGGAGGAGGCAGUAAGUUUGGUUUUGCUAAGGGAAGAGAAUAAGAAUAAGAAGUUUAUCUGCUAUGUGAGCAAGGUUUUACAAGGCGCAGAGCAGAAUUAUCCACUAGCAGAAAAGGCUGCUUUUGCCUUGUCGCGCAUAACCAUAAAGGGCCAGGCUAUGGCGGACUUCCUGGUGGAGUGCAUCUCGGCGACUGUAGAAGAAAAGGCACCCGAGCACCCAGUCUGGGUCUUGUAUGUUGAUGGAGCUGCUAACAUUGAAGGAUCGGGUGCUAGGGCUGUGUUAGUGGACCUGGAUGGCUUUAAAUCCGAGCAUGCAUUGAGGUUUGAGUUUCAGACAACAAAUAACGCCGCAAAAUAUGAAACCCUUAUUUAUGGUUUGAAGCUGGCAUUCGAGUUGAAAGUACAGGGCAUUCAGCUACUAAGCAUAGAUCCCUCUUCACCGAGUUGGACUACCCCGUUCAUAGAUUACUUGCAAAGUGGCGAACUGCCUGAAGAUCCGUCCGCUGCAAAGUUGAUUAAACGCAGGGCCGCACAUUUCACUGUGUUAGGAAAAGGAGGCUGCACUCACCUAGUUGUCGCGGUGGAUGACUUCACCAAAUGGAUAGAGGCCAAACCAUUAUCAACGACAACAGAGAGGAAAAUAGAGGAAUUCCUGUUCGAUUCAAUAUUGUGCAGGUUCGGCAUACCUAAACGGAUCAUCGCUGACAAUGGUCCACAGUUUCGAGCCGCGGCGCUAAGGUCGUUCUAUGACGACUAUGGCAUUGAGCUCGCCUUGACAUCUGUGUAUACUCCACAAUUAAAUGGGCAAGUCGAGUCCGCCAAUAAAAUCGUCUUGCGAGGCCUCAGGACACGUGUUUUAGCUGCACAUUCUAAUUGGGUUGACGAGCUUAAUAAAGUGCUUUGGUCAUGUCGCACUACACCAAGCUCGACAACAGGCGAAACCCCAUUCAGCCUUGCCUAUGGAGCUGAGGCCGUCAUCCUUGUAGAGGUCGGAUUGCCAUCUAAUAGAGCAGAUCGGCACGACGACCAUAACAAUGAGCAACUUUUAAGAGAGAACCUAGACCUUGUGAAAGAGGUCAGGGAGAUGUCUUGAAUAAGAAACAUGGCGCAUCAAAGUCAUGUUGCAAAAUUUUAUAAUAAAAGGGUUCGAGCUCGUCAGUUUCUGGUCGGCGAUUUGGUUUUACGCAAAGUUGGAUUAACCAAUGCUUAUUCGCACAUGGGCAAGCUCGCUCCUAACUGGGAAGGUCCUUAUAUGGUUAUUUGUAUAAAGCGACCUGGGUGUU